UUUGUCGACAAGAUCUACGAGAGCGUACGUUCAGUAAAGUUGGGUUUGCCCGAAUUGCUGAGACUAAUCUUUGUAGUGCAAGAAACACGAGGGGCAAGCAGCAAUGGACCCAGACUAUUAUAUGGAGGUCGAUGGCGUACGGAUACCUAAGGUAUUUGGAGAGGAAAACUUCCGUUCGGCAACAAAGUACGUGCCAAGAGACGGAGACCUGUUCGUCGUCAGCCAUCCGAAAUGCGGCACGUCGUGGGUGCAGUACAUAGUCUGCAGCAUUCUGACUAGAGGAAAGCCACCCACCAACGUUAGCGAUCUGAACGCCAUGGCACCGUUUAUUGACGUGAGUGGCGCAGCUGCAGCAGAAAACCCAAAAAGGACUGGACCCAUUGUUACCCACAUUCCACCAACACUCCUUCGCCCCAAUGACAGCGCAAAGUAUAUUUACGUAGCACGAAAUCCCUAUGACACUGCCGUGUCCUGCUACUAUUUUCUCAAGGGAUUCACCCCCAAGACGGUCACUGAUGUCUCUUUCAAGAGAUUCCUUCCGAUGUUCAUCGAGGCAAAGGUGGGCUACUGCGGCUACUUCGACCAUCUGCUGCCGUGGUACGACGUUCGAGAGAAAGACAACGUCCUGUUUCUCACCUACGAGCAGCUUAAAGCGGACACAAAGGGGCAGAUCCUCAGGAUUGCAGACUUCAUCGGGAGCGAGCACGGAGCCAUUUUGCGAGAUGACUCUGAUACACUUAGAAAAAUCCUAGAUUCGUGCAGCGUGCAGAGUAUGAGAAUCCUUCACAAUGAUGAUCCAGAGGAGAGAAUGAAAAUGUUCUCUGAUCAGUCUAAGAGCGCGCCGACGACACGUGACGAACAAUCCGAGGCCACUCCGUUGGACUCGAGGCACGAAGGAUCGGGAUAUGUCCGAAAGGGAGCCGUGGGAGACUGGAGGAACCACUUCACUGCCGAGCAGCUGGUCAGAACAAAGGCAUGGAUUGCAGAUAAAUGUAAAAACUCAACUGUCAUGGAACUGUGGGCUGACCUAGAUCUUCCAUGACUCAUAUACAACGAG